UUCUCCCCUCGUCCCUACAAUGAUUGGGCUAUAGUUGUAGUGUUCCUCCGGCCGCAGCUUUUUACCUCAAGUAGUCACCUCAGCGCACCGCUGAUGCUCUGGCUUCGCCGACCACCCGUUUCAGACAUGAUUUCAGCUCGGACAUGGAGAGGGACGGCAAGCUGCGGCCAUAAUUGGCCUCCAAAUCAAGUCGGCCUCUUCUCCAAGCCCAAUUGCCGAACCUUUUCCUACCUAAAGCGAGACAGCAACCAUGCGAGAGCUGCAGCACGAUAUUUUACCCCGACAUCGGCGGCCAGGUGGUUCUCAUCACCAACACCAGGACCCGGCAGCAAGCGAUCUCUCGAUCUUGACACCAUUGUCUCGGUUCUCGAAGUAUCGGCUACCAAAAGAGAUGCUAAAGGCUAUUUACAAAAAUACACCUCGAAGGAAAAUACAUCAUUGACGAAAGUCCCCCAAUUCAGGCAUGAAGAGCCCCAGGACGGUCCGAAUGAACCUGUUUCUUCCGAUUCCCACCUGCCAAAUGUUGCAAUUGUCAAGCUCUGCGACCCUCAACUCCUAGAUGGUGAUGCGUUGCUCGGUGUUGCGAAAACUCUUUUCCAACUUCGAGUUCUAGGGCUUCUUAGUGUCGUCAUUAUAGAUUGCGGUAUUGAGAAUGGCCGUGAACUGUUUCGCGACCAGGCUUUCAGGUUGUGCUCAGCCAUUGACUCAUUCUCAAAGCAUGGGUCUAAAAGUAUAGAGAACAUUGCUAUAGGGCGGCAUCCUAUGAGUUCCGACGAUCAGUCUGCCCUGUCGCAUGAGAUGCACAUCGAUGAUCAAGGGCGCCUGGCACUUACCUUGAAUCAUGGCUUGAUUCCUGUUAUUCCUAGCUUAGCUUGCCCAGAUGAGAUCUCGGCACAGCAUCCAGCCGAUUCGAAUCAACUUAUCAUCACCUUGACAAAAUACCUUUCUGGAUUACAGUUUCCUGUUCCCGGAUCAACCGAGGCUCACUCGCCAUCCAAGGAGCUUCCGCGCCCACGACAACUCGCAUCGGUUGAGAGAAUUAUUGUUCUUGACCCACUGGGAGCUACUCCGGUUGCUGGUCGCCCCGGUGCCUCCCAUAGGUUUAUCAAUUUGGAACAAGAAUACAAUGAUCUUAUGGGGCAGCUUGUUGGCCCGGAGGGCUCUCCGGUAGCCAGUAAUGGAUACGUCGAGGCGUCGGCCACCGGUCAUGCUUCGAAUCUGAGACUCGUCAAAGAGGCGCUUUCAAUCUUGCCCUCUUCGUCCUCCGCCAUCCUCACAACCCCGAUAGCCGCAGGCCGUGGAAACAGUCGCCACCCCAAUGCCUCUAUCAGAUCAGGGGUGGCGGAGGCGACCAAGGAAUUUGGGUUUGAUGGAAUGGUCAAGACCAGGAAACGACGGAAUCCCAUUCUGCAUAACCUCCUCACCGACAAGCCAAUAUUCUCCUCAUCAUUACCCGUCCAGCGCGUGCCACAAGGCGCCGAAAAUGACGUCGAGAACUCUAGAUUCUCGUUAGCCGCAACACUUGUCAAACGCGGGAUGCCUGUGACGAUAUUUCCUAAUCCCAGAGCUUCCCCUUGGGAGUCUCCGUCACCUGGCGAGCCCCGCCUACGGCUUACCGAUACAAGUAUCGAUUUACCACGCUUGAUUUACCUAAUUGAAGACUCUUUUGGUCGAGCACUUGAUGCACAGCAUUAUCUUGACCGCGUCAAAGAUAAUCUUGCCGGCAUUAUUAUCGCUGGCGAGUACGAGGGAGGGGCCAUCUUGACCUGGGAGACCCCUGAAGGCCUCGAUGACAAGGAAGCCUAUUCACAAGGACGUCUUGUUCCAUAUCUUGACAAAUUUGCCGUUCUGAGGAGCCGCCAGGGCAGCGGCGGUGUAGCAGACGUCGUUUUCAGCGCCAUGGUGAACGACUGCUUCCCGAAAGGGGUCUGUUGGCGAAGCCGCAAAAACAAUCCGGUGAAUAAGUGGUACUUUGAACGGUCUACUGGAACCAACAAGCUGAGUGAUAGCAACUGGACCAUGUUCUGGACGACCUUGGGCUUAGAUGGUGGGAGUAUCACGCUCAGAGAUUACGAAUCUGUCUGUCGCCGUGUUGAGCCGUCGUGGGCUGAUAACAAACACAUUUUGGAUUAG